AUGCAUCACGUGAACAUGCACGAGAGGCAGAGCGACCUUUGUCCAACACUUUCUAUUGCAAAGAACGAGCGAGCAUCACCACAUCAUAGUGUACGCAUCGGUGCACAUAUUUCCACGAAUCUAGAAGCCCAUGAUUACUGUCCUCUAACUGCGCUUAGCUUCCCAUUCAUUUCCGUCAUGCUGACGUCGAGACUUCCUACAGAGGCGUCGGCGCCGCCAGUCCUCUACGUGCCGGCAUCUCACGCCCUCUUCCACGCCCAGUAUCCCGCAAUAACGCCAGCUGCCCUGGAGGCGCUGCGUACGCGUUGUGCCGCCGCACGGUCCCGCGCUUACUGUCGCUACUCGCACUUCCGCGUCGGCGCUACACUCUUGAGCGCGGCCGGUAACUACUUUGACGGUGCCAACAUUGAAAAUGCCUCCUUCCCGCUCGGUAUUUGUGCCGAACGCGUCGCUCUUUACACUGCAGUCUUUGCCACACGCGGAUCCGAUGGCAAUGGCCCGGCCCGGUUUAUCGCCCUCGCCUUGGCGGCGGAUUGCGAGACGCCAGUGAGUCCAUGUGGUCUGUGCCGGCAAAGCCUCGAUAUGCCUAUUCUCAUGUUCAAUAAAGAUGGCCAUUUUAUGGUGCAAUCUUUGGAACAGCUAUUGCCUUUCUCCUUUGGGCCAGAAGCACUCGACCCACGCUCUGCGUCUCGAGCCGGAGAGUCAUCGCACAUAUGA